AUGGAUGAUAUGUCGUCUUUAAUCAUAUUUAUAUUAAUGAGUUGUUGUGUAAUUGUGAAAACACAAAUACCUCAACAUUGUCGAAAGAUAACACCGUGUUCCUGUAUUGACGAGUGGAACCGGAUUGUAAAUCUGACAGUAUUGGCUAAUAAGCUUACACCAAGAUUUAAGGAUUAUCCAACAGCAGGAGGGGACAAUAAUAAAUACUCAUGGAAUCCUUGUAAUAAUUUUGAAGAAGGUCCAGAGAAUGGAGGAUGCAUCAAUGUCGGGGCAUGUAAAAUUUCUCCAAAUGGUACUUACACAGGACUUGGACAGUCUAAUUCAGUAGAAUUUUCUCAUGAUGAUAAUGGUAACUUGUCUCUGGUAAUGACUCAACAAGACGGUGACAACAAGAUAGAAACACAUGUUAUUUUAUACUGUGACGAGAAAAGGGAUGCAGCAUUUCGUGUCAUAGGACAAGUAACUGAUCGAAUUUAUUGGUUGCAACUCUGGUCGAAGUACAAUUGCCCGAGUCUUAUGAACUCUGAUGAUAUUGUUACCAUGCCAGCACCAGGAUCCAUUACUGAACGCAUGCCUACCAUGCCUUCGCCGGGCGUUGUUACAAUGACAUCCUCUCCUUCUCAAGAUAAGAGAACUCUUAAAGAUAUUGAAAUCAUUCUUUUUUGUAUAUUGGUGAUGGUCACACUCAUACUUGUGGUUUUAUUAACACGAUAUACAAUCAAACUCCGAACAAGUAGAGAAGAAACCAUUGGAUACACUCGACUACCACAAUAUGACGCUCAAUUAAUUAUACAGGAGUCAAAAUGAUGUAUUCUACACAGUGAAUUAUUGUUAAUUGGUGAUCCUCAAAUAGCUAAGAGAUAUUUUGUAUAAAGAAAUGGAUUUGUUUGAAUUAUUUUGCCAAUGACUUUAUAUGCGAUAUGAAGAUCAAAGUUAAUUAAAUAUUCUUCUUCAUAGAACGAUGAUUAGGAAGAACAUCGUUACGUUACUGUACAACAUUUCAUUGUUUUAAUAAUAAUACUAUUUUUUUAGUUGAGCAACAAUUUCAAAUUUAAUAUUGCCAAUGUACAUUUUAUAUUUUAAUUUGUCAGUAUUGCAAUCAUAUCAAAUAAAUGACAGGUAGCUUUCUC